CAUUGAGUACGAACGCGUGUGCCGCGCUUACUGAUUCUACUACACAAAACUAGAAGCAAUUACUUACUACCACUAAAUUGUAAAUAGAGCAUGUAGUUUUUCAUUUGCGUAUGAAACUAAUCAUUUCCCAGUGUGUAUUAGGGUACGAUAUAUUAAGUAGAGUGCACUAUUUAGUGCAUUUGUAGUGCAUUGUUACUGUGUGAAGUGUUAUAUCGCUCCAAUUAUUCGGUGUUAUCGAUUUUACGUCCACUCAUCCAGAACAGCUGUUUGGGCAUGCGAAGGACACGGCUGCCGUUCUAUAUUAUUCUUAUUCUACAUCAAAUAAAUUCAUAUUUGUACCGGUUUUCUGAAAAAUAAUUACUGUAAUUAUUCGUAUGAAAGACGGUAGGUGAUUGUAGUUUUAGACGAUGAUAAUUUGUGUUGUGACGUGAAUUUGUCUUGUGUAAUAAGGUAAAAAACACAUAAACAAAGCAAUUUACGUUUUCUUAUAACAGUUAGUGUCAGUGAAAAGUGAAAUUAGUGUAUCAUUGAAGUGAAUACGCUUUGGAUUUUCAAUUCGGAUGAGGAAAAACACCUAUUCUUAAGGUGGUGAGGUGGUUCAGCACGAGGGGCGAUGCUGGGCGGGGCGGCGGGGGGCGCCCGCUCCCGCCCGCCCUCUGAUCUCCAACAAGGCGUUGCGAGAUUCCCGCUCUACUCUUUGUUCCCGAAUCAAGGCAGUACUAACAGGACCUCAAUACAUAAAGUAACAGAGAGCCUAUUCUCAACAUCGCUGUCCACGUUUGGUGUGCCUACACCGCCGCCAAACUCGCCAUAUUCGCCGUUGCAGUUAGAACUUCUCAACUGCAACCGCCUGCUGCUUGCUGACAAGGACAGUAGUAAAAUGGAAGAGGCCAAACUGGGCAAAUGUAUGCCAGAAUCUCUUUGCUGCCCAGACCAACGACAGAUUAUUGAAGGUGUCAAUAUGAUGCAGCCUUUGUCUAUCAAAACUGAACAGGCGAAGCGGACCUGCAACACAUGUCUUACUAAUUCACCUAAAAAGGUUAUCCACACGGAUGGCGGCUGCAGUCGAACUAAUCCUGUGACGUGGCUUGGUGUUGGACAGAACGUCCAAGUGCAGGUGAAACGAGAGCCCCAGCACGUCCACAUGUCAGAGCUGGUGGCUGUGAAACUAGAGCAGGCCUCUCCUGGCAAUAAGCCUGAACAGCCCACAAUUCCUGUGUCUCUUAACAAUGGGUCUAUUCCCGUGGGGAUAGCGGUUGCCCGGCAACGCGUCGGUGAUGCCGGUCUACUCGCUGCACUCUCACAAAAAGACAACCACCGCCUACAUGAUAUUGAUACAGCGCAGACAGCCAUGACGGUGGGCGUGGCCAAUGUGUUGUGCGACGAUCGCUCCGCCCCGUUGGCGUGGCCUACCCCUGCGCCCGCACCUACCGCACCCCUCUGGCAGUACCCAGCUCAAGUAUCAAUGGACAGUAUGAUGGUGGGAGGCGUGGGAGGCGUUGGGAUGGGAUCGGUUGGCGGUGGCGUUUCGUCUAUGGGGGGCUUCCAGCUUGUGAGGGAUCCUUCAUCUGGAGCGCUUCUCUUACUUCCAGCGCCCCCAGAUCUUCCGCACACUGUUGUGUGGGGUGGCAUGCCUUACCCUUCUGCUCCCUUACUCUUACCUCCUGCACCACAUCCAUCUCAUCACCUACAGCUUCUACCAGGCGACCUCCUUGCAUCAACAGCUACCCUCCAACAUACGCACACACACUCUACCCGUUUGGUAACUCUGGCUCCUGCUCCUCCACCACAACCGCAUCCAGCUCACGUAGAAAAGCGGAAACCAAUCAUGCAACCGCUCAUCACACCGCACACGUUAAUCAAAAUAGAACCUGAACCACCACAAGAGAAACCUCAACCUACCUUCGUCCAAGAGCCGCAACCGCAACCGAUGCUUACCACUCAUCUUUAUUAUCAACCUGAGUUUCAAGAGCAACCUUGUAGGAGUCAGGCCACGUCUCCCGCUGCACCUCCAACUCCGCCUCCAGAAGCUCCCGAAGUUCCAGGACAUAAAGAUGCCUCUAAUCAAACUGACCACAUUGAUGAUGAAGACGAACAAACCAACCAGGUCGAUGAGGAUGAAAGGGAUGUCGCCUGUAUUGGUGUUGCUCAUAUACCUGAAGAAUCUAAUGUAAUGCAGCAGCUUCAGAUUUUACCCCCACCUAUUGAUAGUGCGGAGGAAUCUUCGUCGGAAGCUUUAGCGUCGUCUGCGGUGGCAGGUGCAGUGGAAAAAGCUAUAGAUGCAAUAGAAAACGACGAUACUCUGGAUAACUCUAGCAGCGGUUCCCAUGAAUUGGUUAUUGACACUGGACAAUCUUCAAGUCCUCAACCCUUACCCACAAGGCCUCCAGAUGACGUAAGUGGGUUAGAACUUCUAUCCAAUAGUAUUGAACAGUAUGAGCGAACUACCCCUGGGAACAAUAUGUCAAGUUUAGAGCCAGUACCACUUACAGUUGACACCAGAACAUCUUCGAAAUUAAACAUUUUAAUAAAAACUUCGCCGAAAUCUCCACCGCGCAUUGCGGAUGUAGAACAAAGAAGGUUUGACUUUACAUCAACAGAAACAUGUGGUUCGCAACCAAAACCAUCACUAGACAGAUUAGGAUUGCUGUGUGAAGUUAUUUUAGCCGAACAACGUUUGAUGGAAGAGGGUGCAGACACUGUUUCAAACAGACCAUCAACAUCAAGGCCAUUUAUAAAAACAGAGCCGUUAUUAAGUCCCACCGAUAUAGAUAUACCUUCCGAAAUUAAGAAGGAGAAACAUAGACAUAGAGAUGAUUCAACCAAUGAAGGAAGACGGAAACAUAGCCGUGACAGAGAAGAAAGAUUGCGGCAUAAGUUAGAAAAGAUGAGACGGCACAAGCGUGAAAGAAAAAGCCAUGAUGGCGACGAUAGUGGAGGAGAACUGGAAGCCAGUUUGAGACGUGUUACAGCCUGCCCUUGUGGCAUCGUGGAUUGUUCACAUACUUCGAACGUUCCAUCAGCUCACGAUCUCGUUAAUGCUAUUGAAAAAGAUAUGCGAAAGCGAUUACAAGAUUUGCAAAGACAGUGUGACGAGAAGAGGGCACAGCUGAAUGCCUUAACUCCUCCUCUACCGGUUUUAUCUACCACCCCAACUCCAUCAAUGCCCGCAUUAUCUCCAGACUCCGAUAGAGGGUCAUCUAAAAAGCGAAAAGUUGGAAGACCCCGAAAAGUAUCAAGUCCUGAUUCCACUGAAACUAUCGUUGCAAAGAAACCUAAAUCGAAGAGCAGUCUAGUAGGCUAUUUACUCGCUAAAGGUAAACUGAAAGGUGGAAUAUUGUGUUCACGCAGCGAACCCUCAAGGGAGGAUAUCAGUCGAACGAGUAAGGUUAGACCCAAGCUAAAAGCUGAACCAAUUUUAAAAGUAUAUUCUGAAGAAGAUGAAAACGACUGGAGCCUAAACAAAUCUGCUAGCUCAUCAAUGGAGAGUUUGAAUGAGGUGCGGCAAAAGAAUCGUGAGAAGGUUGAUAGUUUAGCACGAAAGCAUUCAAGAGAUGACUUCUCUGAAAUCGAAUUAGCCAUACGCCGUGCAAGUGCUUCAAGUGACAGUGAAAAAGAGAGGCGAAAGGCCAAAAAGAGACGUAAGAGUCAUAAAUCAAAGGAUAGAUCGGAACAACCUGUUAAGAAUAAAGAACCUGAAGUGGAUACUCCUAAACCUGUGAUUUCUCGUUGUACUUUAACAGAAGAUAAAUUAGAUUCAUCGCCACGAGUACUUACAGCUAGAGGUGGUCUAUUUUAUGCCGGAAAACUAAGUGCAGUCCAGGCACCUGAUGUAUACGCUAUAACAUUAGACGGAGAAAGAGGAAAUAAGCCGCAUAUUCUUUCAAGAGAGGAAACAUUGAAAGAUGCCAGACUAAAGAUGGAUCUUAAAUUUCAGAUUUUGGAAGUAAGUCCAACAUCAGUGUCGGAACUGCCAUCAGGUACCCGAGUGUGCGCGUAUUGGUCGCAGCAAUAUCGAUGCCUGUAUCCCGGGACCGUUGCUGUUUCAUCCCCUGACCCUCAUGACGACAAGUUCGUGGCUGUGGAGUUUGAUGAUGGCGACUCCGGUAGGAUAGCAAUUGAAGAUAUACGCUUUUUGGAACCGAACUAUCCGAUUGUUGAAUAUGAAAACACGCUCUUCACCCUUGGUAAGCGUCGAAGAAAUACAAGUGUAACAGAAGAUAAAAAAAAUAUAGCAUCGACAAGUAAUGAUAUAAAACCUGAACCAAUACCGGUACAAAAAGAGAAAGAAGACACCGAAGCAAAUAAACACAGAGAUAGAAAAAAGUUGAAGAAGCACAGAAAAGAAAAAAUUAAACGUCUAAGCGAGGACGAUCCCACAUCAACGGAGUACAUUAAAAAGAAGAAGAAAAAACACAAAUGCUGCGAAGAGCAUUGUAAACACAAACGGCAUCACAAAAAACACCACAGAAAACACAAGAAAAGACAUCAUUCGAGCUGCAAAGAACAUUCCAGCUCAUCAGGUGAUGACCAUAGACAUAAAUCGUCAUCAGAUUACAUCGAUUCGAACAAAUCUAACGAAGAUUCAGUUGAUUCUAACGAAAAACUGUCGACUUUAAUAGCCUGUGAGAAGUCACCAGAGGAAAAGAUGAAGACCGUGAUUAAAAAGGCGGUUUUGCAGAAGAGUCUGGUUAAGACACCGGUCUUGGACUUCAGUACUAUCGGAAAGAUCACGUUAAAGAAGGAAGAGCAGAAAGAUAAUUUGAAAGAUAGCGGCAUAGGUUUGUUGGACGAGGAGCCCUCCACUUCAACGAAUGAAUUGAUCAAAAAGAAGGUAAAACGACGCACCGUAUCCUCAUCAUCCGACGGUGGCGGGGGAGUGAGCAAGAUGGCAGCGUUUCUGCCAGGGGGAGCCUUAUGGCGAUGGCUGGGACCGCCAUACAGACGCACUGCGAGACCCCGUCACAGAAAACUUUUCUAUAAGGCUAUCCAGAGAGGAGAAGAAACGCUGCAAGUGGGUGAAUCGGCAGUCUUUCUAUCCACGGGUCGAGCUGACAGACCGUACAUAGGUCGUAUAGUGGCUCUUUGGCAGGCAAGGGGAGCUAUGGCGGUACGAGUCCAUUGGUUCUACCACCCAGAGGAAACAGCUGCCUGCACGCCGCUUUUAUUACCGGGUGGUCUAUUCGAGUCCCCGCACACAGAUGAGAAUGACGUGCAAACAAUAUCACACAAGUGCGAGGUUCUUCCGCUAGUACAAUAUAAAGAACGCCUAGGCGAUGACCCCGCGCGGUACAACACCGUAUACGAUAACAAUGACGUCUAUUACCUGGCAGGGCAUUACGAUCCCACGCAGCAAACACUUCGCAUGGAACCGGAUAUUCCGUUCGCCACAUAACCUGCCUGCGAGCCUGGUACUAUAAAAGACACGAAAUUUGGAUAGAGUGCAAUUGAACGAUCUUAAUCGUAUAUUUAUUUAUUAAUAUAGUUUUCUUCAACAGAUAGUGAUUUUAACAAUCUCGGUGUUAGUGUUUUUAUCAGUAGUCGACUUAGCUUUCAAAAUCACAUACAGGUGUUAAGAGUACAACGUAGGUUUUCGAGGCUCAAUGUGACUUUUUACGGACGUUUUACGUAGACAUGUUAGUUACCCUUGUUACGUUUUGUUGGAAUGUUGUUUCGGAGGGCCGAGGGGGCUGAGGGGGACGGAAGAGGUCGAGCGAUGUGAUUUAUUUUUAUACCUGUAACGCUGUAAUCUCAGUGUAUAGUUAGAUGUAUAUUUCUUGUAUAUUCGAUUAGAUUUUCUAUGUAUACAUUUUGUAGUUCUUUUCAUAUAUACGCAAUACUGUCAUAGCUAGUCCUUAUUUCGUUCGAAAUUGACCAGAGAUGGUCAACGAUUGAUAUUAUAAUUGGAAAUUGAUAACCAGCUUGUUAUAUUCUUGUUUUUACUCUAAUUUUUAUAUUAAUUUGGUUGAUAAUAUUAUGUUACUCGAUGUAUACCUUGUCGAAAUGGUGCUAGACGCUUGAUACUUCAUUUAUUUGGUCGUAAUUAAGAUUGUAAAUAUACAUUGCUAGCGUAAGUUUGUUUCCACGCGACUGGCGCGUUCAGGUCUGCACGUUUGAGUUGCCAUUUUAACCUAGAGUACUGUUUCAUUAGCGAUUAUUUUACAGGGUAAUAAUCCUGGCUUUUUCACCUUUUCCAUGAAUGUUUGAAGGGACUGAAAAGACAGGGAUAGCUAGGUUGAGGUUAAGGGAAGUAGAUAAGGUUUUGUACGAAGUGGCCAAAACGUUUAUAGAAAAUUGAAAAGUGCAGUCUAUCUGUAUGUUUUGACGUAUUUGCUGUACAAGGAAAUUGUUGGUCAUGGAAAAACUGUCAAUUGCAUGUUUCUUUACUAACAUAUAACAGUAUUAUACUCCUAUUUUGUUAUAAUUCAAACAAAUGGUCUGUAAUUUUUCUAUUAAUGCAUAAAAUAACGUAGUACAGAUACCCAUUAUAUAUGGUAACCUGUGGUAAUGGAUAAUUCCACAGAAUAAAAAGUAGGUAAAAUAAUAAUAGUUUCUUUUCACAUUGUUCAUUGGAAAAUAGUUAAAUUAGUAAUCUGUAGUAAGAAAAUGGAUUAGUAAAGAUAAUAACAUAAGUUCGCUUAUAUCAAACAUUUAAAUCCUUAGCAGUUUCCAUAUUAUUUUAUUUUAUGAAACUUGUAUAGAAUAUUGUCUAAGACCAUUUUCCUAAAAGGAAAAAUCCAGUGAGAUAAUUUUCUUAUUUUUACCUUUGACAGUUUAUCUUCCGCCAAUUAGUUGUAUCCAUUCUACGUAUUUUUGUUGUAGUUUUAACAUUUAGGUUCUAUUUAGUUGUAGUGUUAAGAUUUUAUUUCGUAACAAACGAUACGAGAAAAUUAAAAACUGAGAUAUUUGGAACAAAAUUGUAUCUGAUAUUGAAAAUAAACGGUAUUUUUCUAUAUUGAGAGUAACGUUUUUAUUUUAAAUGUAAAUUUAAGUACAAAUUUGUUGAGCGAGUUGGCGAGUGGCCCAAUGCUGUAUACUAACAAUGAUUUUAUGAAAGUUAGAGCAGUCUUACGAUCAUCAAAUGUUAAGUCUGUUCUAAGUUUUGAAUAUAUAACCGUAGUGUGUAACAAGUGGGAAGCCAUAAAAUAAUUAUUAGAUUUAAAGAUUUAAUUAUAAUAUAUCAGCAUUGAUAAUAUAAAGAU